AUGUCUAAAUCAUCAAGUGGAAGCGAAGAAGAAAGUUCAUCCACAGAAGAUGAUCCAAAUGGGAAUAUAAACCAAUCGACAAGAUACCUCCAAAGUUUAAAGAAUCAAUAUGAUGAAUUAGUUAAAGAAGGAGAAUUGGUCAAGAAAAGAAAAAUGCAAUACGCACAAUUUCGGGUUGAAUUAGACAGGCUAAUUGAUGAAAAAGGAAAACUAUUGAAAAAUCCAAAAACAUUACCAAAAAUACCAACAACCUCAAAAGAUAUUAACGAACUUCAGCUUCAAAAAUUCGAAAUUGUCGUUCCUGCUUAUAAAUACGAGCAAAUAUCAAUUAACUAG